CGGGAAGGCCCGCCCUGCGUGAGGCGGCGCGCGGCGGCCGCGGCUGACGGGGCGGCGGGGCCGGAGCGGCCAUGAAGGCGGGAGCUACUUCCAUGUGGGCUUCCUGCUGUGGCUUGCUGAAUGAAGUGAUGGGCACUGGAGCUGUGCGUGGCCAGCAGGCCGGCUUCGGGGCAGGCGCCGGCCCCUUCAGGUUCGCGCCAAACACGGACUUCUCGGCCUACUCCUCCCCCUCUGCCACGGGCACCAACGUCGUCUGCAAAGCCUGUGGAAUCUCCUUUUCUGUUUUUAGGAAAAAACAUGUGUGUUGUGACUGCAAGAAGGAUUUUUGCUCAGUUUGCUCGGUCUUACAAGAGAAUCUCAGAAGAUGUUCCACUUGUCACUUGCUGCAAGAAACGGCCUUUCAGCGACCUCAGUUAAUGAGGCUGAAGGUAAAGGAUCUGCGUCAGUACCUGCUCCUCAGGAACAUUCCGACAGACACCUGCAGGGAGAAAGAAGAUUUGGUGGAUCUGGUGCUGUGCCACCACGGAUUAGGGGCAGAGGAGAUGGACACUGGGAGUUUGCAUUCGUCACGGUCACAGACUUCGGGGUUUUUUACCCAUCCCUUUUCUAUGUCGGUGUCGGUGUCGUCCCAGGGAGAGCUCGGCAACAGACGCGGCAGCGCAGGCAGCGCAGCGCCCCUACGGGGCCAAAUGGAAACAUCUUCUAUAAAUAAUGAAGAAGAAGAAAGUGCCGAAGAGCAGACCCCUGGAUUGUCCAGAAAGCGAGUGAGGGCAUCCUUGUCUGAUAUCUCAAGUCUGGAAGACAUUGAAGGGUUGAGCGUGCGGCAGCUGAAGGAAAUACUUGCCUGUAAUUUUGUCAACUACUCAGGAUGCUGUGAAAAAUGGGAACUUGUGGAAAAAGUGAGCAGACUAUACCGAGAGAGUGAGGAGAACCUCAAGACACAGGGGGAGAAGAUGCAGCUGAACGACAACGACGACAACCUGUGUCGCAUCUGCAUGGACGCCGUCAUUGACUGUGUCCUGCUGGAGUGUGGCCACAUGGUCACCUGCACCAAGUGUGGCAAGAGGAUGAGCGAGUGCCCCAUCUGCCGCCAGUACGUUGUCAGGGCCGUGCACGUCUUCAAGUCCUGAGCCCAGGCCUGGGGAGGACUCUGGAGUUGCUCUGUGGGUGGCUGUCAGCUCCUCACAGCUCUCAGUAACCACGGCAGGAUGGAGAAGGCUGGGAAAGGCUUUCCUAGGGCAUAAUGCAGCGUGUGCUGGGGCAGCUGCUGCCCUGGCGCCGGCCACGGCGCUGCUGGACUUCCCUGGUCACCCCACAAACUGAGUCAAAGGGUUUACAGCAGCUCCUGCUCCCUCUGAAGGACAUCAGCUCUCCUGGCCCUGGGCAGAGGCAGCCAGCUCUGCCCUUAGUGCGUUACCUUGUCUCUAGUGCAUUAGAAGCAACAAGUAUAUCUGUGGAAUAUUCAGCUUUUCUGUGAUCAUAGAAUGUAACUGUUUGACACUGUCCCAGCUGCAGUGUGAACAGUAUCAGCACAGUAGGAAGCACUGCCAUUAACUGUGCCCACCCCGAAGCCCUUAAGCAACCUGUUGUAUGCCAAGUGCUUGGUUCUGAAUGUCAGUCACCACACCUGUGCUGCCUGGGCCCUUCUGUCACAGCACAGAAUGCUCCAUCCCUUCCUGGGGCUCAGCUCUGGGGCAGGCUGCUGCCCUGUGCUGCCCCAGUACCAAUUAUUAUGUGGUUUUUUGUUUAGGAAUAAAAUAUUUUUGUAACAAGGGGCCCUGUGGUCCUUGACCCCCUCGAUCCUGCCUCUGGUAACUACAGCUGUGAGGUGUUGCUGUGAGUCAGGACACAACCUGCUGCUAACCUGGGGUGGGACAGGGCUAAAGGAAACAGCAUUUGCUGAAAACUUGUCACAGACUUUUCACCCAGGCCAAGUCCCUAUUACCCCACCCUGUGCUCAGCCCUGAGGCCAGGGUCCUCUUCAUGGACCUUUAAUUAAUCCUUAAAGAGAUGAAUGGUCCAUGGAGGGCACCUGGGGCUGUCAACCUGGGGUUGGGGGGCAAAAACAGGCCCUGGGCUGGGGCCAGGCUGCCUCUGGCCAAGUGUUACAAAAAGGAGGUGAGACCUGCUCUGUCCUGGUUGGAUUUCCUUGAAGCACAGUUGAAGCUACAGCCUCUGCUUUGAGUUUCCUACGAGCUGGCAAAGUGACAGGUUGUGCCAGGACUGAAGUACCCCAGGACUCUUACCUCUGCUGCUGUCACACAUGCUCUCAUCCUUUACAGGAAAAAAAUUAAGCUGGCUUGGAAAAGAGAAAAGUGGCUCCUCCAAAUAAAAUCCACAGCUUUGACCCUGCUGGUUGUGUCUCAAAAGGGAGCAAAGCUCCUCCUGGCUUGAUUUUUUAGAAGUGAUUUUUUAAAUGGUAAUUCCUGGAGUCUCAGCUCAGUGGGUGCAGCACUGGCCCAACCCACCCCCUGUUAUUGCCACGCUGAUCCUCAGCCACACAAGCUUAAUAAAGAUUUGUGAUGGGCUCCCUCAGCCUCUGUCUCUUUUCUUAACUGGCUGCUGGUUCCUCAGCUCAAGCUUUAACAUUCUUUUUGAGGUGUGGCCCUGGAGCCUCCUCAGGGCACGUUCCCACUGGAGGAGACUGUAAGAUGGGGGAUUUCCUUUCCCACCUCCACAAUAAAAAUGAAGCAGCAGAGGCCAAGGUGCCACAGUCACCCCCCAACCCCAGCUCCCACCCCCCAGGAACAGAACCCACAGAGCCAGCGCCUGUUUUUGUACAAUUGUUUAUACAAAUUCAACAAAGGUAAAACUGCAUCAGGAAGGUCUACGAAAACAACACCGUACAACAAUGGCACUUAUGGAUGCAGAAUCUUACACUCAGGAAAUAACCAUGUUCUAAACCUCAAAUGAGAACUCAACUCACACUUCAAAGAAAGAGAGACUACGGUUGACCAUUUAUUCUACGGCUGGACUCACUGUAUAAAUUAAAUUUCAUAUUGAGUACAAGAGCUCAUGCUACAGAGUGAAACCCUCCUAUGUGCAAAAGCUGGAAUUGGAAUUCUUUUCUUUAAAACUUUGAGAAAAAAGGUGAUUUCUAUACAGAUAAAACUUGGCAAAGUGUUUUACUUCAACUAUAAUUUACACCUUAUUUCCACAACAUGCUUAUGUCACUUCUGAAGUAUACAAAGCAGGAUAUAAACUUCCAUUAAAACAUGCU